CACAAGUCUCGCCUCCUCUCCCUCGCUCCAUCCAACUGUACGGACUCUCGGUUUCGUCGCGAAAGGAACGGAGAGACCCGGUUCCUCGCCGUCCGCCGGUGCGAGGAUGACUCCUCCGCGCGCCGCCACCACCACCGACGUCUCCGGCGGCGAGAGCUCUAGCGCCGGCGCCGCCGGCGCCGCCGCCGGGGAGAUCAUGCUGUUCGGCGUGAGGGUGGUUGUGGACUCGAUGAGGAAGAGCGUGAGCCUGAACAACUUGUCUCAGUACCAGCAGCCUCAGGACGCGACUCCCAGCGCCAACAAUGGAAGCGGCAACAAGGGAGAGGCCGCCAAAGGUUAUGCAUCGGCCGACGAUGUCGUGCCCAACUCCAGCGGUGGCCGUGAGCGCAAGAGAGGAGUUCCCUGGACAGAGGAGGAGCACAGGUUGUUCUUGUUGGGGUUACAGAAAGUGGGAAAAGGAGAUUGGAGAGCGAUAUCCAGGAACUUCGUGAAGACUCGCACGCCCACUCAGGUUGCGAGCCACGCUCAGAAAUAUUUCCUUCGGCGAAGCAACCUCAAUCGCCGGCGGCGUCGGUCUAGCCUCUUCGAUAUAACCACGGAUUCUGUAACUGCAAGUACGAUGGAGAGCGAACAUGUUCCUCAUCAAGGUAAUACAUUUCAGCUGAAUUCCUUGCCUAGCAAUCCGCUGUUGCAAGAUACUUGCAACCCAGAGGGAUAUCUUACAAUGGCCCCUUUCCCGAUGCCGAUUGGACCCGCGGCAUUUCCAGUUCCUGUUCAGAAUCAGGUCCCAAAUUUGGCUCUAAUUCGAGGGGAUGGGCUCGGGGAUUCGCUGUCGAAGCUCAUCCAGCCGACACCUCUUGUCCCGAUCCCUCGUGCUCCACUUACCUCCAAUCCCAGUGCAAAUACGAAGUCGACAAUGGAGCCACUGUCCCUAUCCCUCAAUCUCUCCCUGCCUUCAGAUCAAGGUGAUUCCCAUUCGAGGCAUACGGCCAUUCAGGGGAUGUCCGGCUUCCGCAGCGGAGAGAGCAUAAUCAGCGUUGCUUGAGAAUCUUCUUAUCUUGAUAGAAAAGAGAGAGAAAAAAAAAGGGGUUCAGGCUUUGAUAAUCAUCGGGGUGAAGAUAGGAUAAGGGGGUGACCGGGCGACUGAAUUUGAUUUGCCAAUUGUUGUACAGAGCAUGGGGCGAUCAAGUAAAAAACAUUGCCAUGUGCUUUCUCUUUCUAUUUGAUGCUCUAUCUUCGUCGGAUAUUUGUUAAGUUGUCGGCUUACAUGUGACUGGAAAAAUAACAUCGUCUGUCUUUGGCUA